CACUCUCCUUAGCGCCUCUCUGCCAUCAUAGGGACACGGGAGAGAAAGUCUGCGCUGCCGGCUGCUUAUCGUUCAUUUCAGGAGGAAAAGGAACUUACAUGAGUCUCCUGGAGUAUAGAGAGAUAUAGGCAGAUACCAUGGGCUGUAUAAAAAGUAAGGAAGACAAAGGACCAUCUAUAAAGUACAGAACAGAGCCCAAGCCUGAUUCAGGAAGCCAGUAUGGAGGUGACCCAACACAAGCAACACAAUCACCUGGAAUUAAAGGACCAGCACCCAAUUUUAAUAGUCAUUCCAUGACACCAUUUGGCGGUUCUUCAGGAAUAACCCCUUUUGGAGGAGCAUCAUCCAUAUUUUCACCAACACCAGUCCCAUACCCUGGGGGAUUAACAGGUGGCGUUACAGUUUUUGUGGCCUUAUAUGAUUAUGAAGCUAGAACAACAGAAGAUCUGUCCUUUAGAAAAGGUGAAAGGUUCCAGAUAAUAAACAACACGGAGGGCGACUGGUGGGAAGCGAGAUCAAUAGCCACUGGAAAAACUGGUUACAUACCCAGUAACUAUGUCGCUCCUGCUGACUCCAUACAAGCUGAAGAAUGGUAUUUUGGCAAAAUGGGAAGAAAAGAUGCAGAAAGAUUACUGUUAAACCCAGGGAACCAAAGGGGAACAUUUUUAGUGCGAGAAAGCGAAACCACUAAAGGAGCCUACUCUCUUUCCAUCCGUGACUGGGAUGAAGUGAGGGGUGAUAAUGUGAAACACUAUAAAAUCAGGAAACUUGAUAAUGGAGGAUACUACAUCACAACACGAGCACAGUUUGAAUCUCUCCAGAAAUUGGUUAAACACUACUCUGAGCAUGCUGAUGGAUUGUGCUAUAGAUUAACCACAGUAUGCCCAACUGUAAAACCACAAACCCAAGGACUAUCUAAGGAUGCUUGGGAAAUACCUCGAGAAUCUUUGCGGCUUGAUGUUAAGUUGGGCCAAGGAUGCUUUGGUGAAGUCUGGAUAGGAACUUGGAAUGGAACAACAAAAGUAGCAAUCAAAACACUAAAACCAGGGACAAUGAUGCCUGAAGCUUUCUUGCAAGAAGCACAAAUCAUGAAAAAACUCAGGCAUGACAAAUUGGUCCCCCUUUACGCUGUUGUUUCAGAAGAGCCAAUCUACAUAGUCACUGAAUACAUGACAAAGGGUAGUCUGCUGGACUUUCUUAAAGAAGGUGAUGGAAAGUAUUUAAAACUGCCACAACUCGUUGACAUGGCUGCACAGAUUGCAGAUGGCAUGGCUUAUAUUGAAAGGAUGAAUUAUAUUCACAGAGACCUCAGGGCUGCUAAUAUUCUUGUUGGAGACAAUCUUGUAUGUAAAAUUGCUGACUUUGGUUUGGCAAGAUUAAUAGAAGACAAUGAAUACACUGCAAGGCAAGGAGCAAAAUUUCCAAUCAAAUGGACUGCACCUGAGGCUGCUUUAUAUGGUCGAUUCACCAUUAAAUCCGAUGUGUGGUCAUUUGGAAUCCUCCUAACUGAGUUGGUCACCAAAGGGAGAGUUCCUUAUCCUGGCAUGGUAAACCGGGAAGUUUUGGAGCAGGUAGAGCGGGGCUACAGAAUGCCUUGCCCUCAGGGCUGCCCAGAAUCUCUUCACGAGUUGAUGAAGCUGUGCUGGAAGAAGGACCCUGAUGAAAGACCAACCUUUGAAUAUAUUCAGUCAUUUUUAGAAGACUACUUUACUGCAACAGAGCCACAGUACCAGCCUGGGGACAAUCUAUAAGUGUAAAAACUAAGCAAGAAAAGUGAAAUGUCCAAAUCUGCCAAAAGUAUAGAGAGACUUUCUUAACACUAACUCUUGCUAAUGGGAAAUGGAAAAAGAACAUUCAGUAUAUCUUUGCAUGUCAAUGGCAAACUGGAAGGCCAGAACACCAUUGCACAAGACCACUUUCAAAGUAUUGUAAUCUAAUGGACUAUGUAAUUGGUAAAAAACAUAAAAGAAUUAACGGCUAUCCCACAUUUCUGAUCUCUGAGGAAAUGUUUCAGGAUUACAGGCAGAAUAACAGUGGGACCAAACAUUUCAUUCCUGUAUAAUACAUCUUUGCCAAUGAUGGCAUAGAACAAUGUAUCUACUGUCUUCUGAACAUAGAGACAGUCCCUUAGGCAAUUAAGCAUUAGGGAUUAUUAUACUGCUAUUGGUCACUAAGCUGAUCAAGGUCUAUAAAAAAAAUCUUAGAAAUGAAUGGUGGUAAUUGACAUACAGAUAAUAUCCAUUUCAAUUAAUAUAACUGAAUAUCUUAUUUUUUCGCAUUAUGCAGUUUGAAGUUCAAGUUUGGGAUCUGUUAUCAUAGAAACCUUUUAUCCCGAUUGCUCAGAAAUCAAGCAGUGCCAUUCCUUGCAGUCUAUUGCUUAAAUCAUCCAUAUCUUCAUAUCUUUAUUCUUGUUGGAUUGGUUGUUCCUCUGUAAUAUUAAGACAAUCCCUUUCAAUUGCUGGUAACUCCAUGUUUGCAAAAAGAAAAAAAUCAGUAGUAUUGGGUUUUUGAAAAAUGACGGAAUUAUGGAACAUCUCUAUAUAGAAGACCCUGGGUCCUAAGCGUUUUAGACAAUAGAAUCCCAUAACCUUCAAAAAAAGUGUUUUCAUUUUUAUUAUACAGAGGAAUAACACAUGUCUGUGGUAAUUAAACAUGCCAGUUAGUACAAUCAUGAGGCCACUGCUCCAAGUACUCUUAAAUGUACUUUAGAGAGCACGUAUUAGGAGAGGCGUGGUUGUUCUUACAAUGUGAAUGCUUUCAACAAAGGCACUCAAGAUGUUUUACCUAACCUGAUUAUGGGCAAAGGCACAAAGGGGCCUGCCAUGGCUCUUAAGUAGCACAUACUCACAGGACCGAAACCAUUACUCCCUAUUGGCCCCCAUGGAAAAUAGCAUGAAAGCCCAAGCCUGGCGAGCAGAUAUACUUGCACUUUUAUGCAUUUCUAACGGGCCAGUGGAAAGGAAUUUCAGAUCUAUCUGUGGUUCUGAAAAUGUCAUGGGCAAAAUUUCUGAAACCUCUCUGUGUGCCAUUGCUCUGGACUUACAGGUAUUCAGGGUCUUUGACUGAACAUAUUGCAUAGAGACAAUUCAUGUGUCCAUCUAACCCCCAAUUUGUAAUGGUUAGAACAGUAUGAAAAACCACUGCAUUUAAUGAGUAUGAAAGUGCAACAUAAGGUGUACUACUUUCCUUCUAAAUACAUUGUUUGGUUUUAUAGAAAUCUCCACAUGUUGGGUAUUUCUGGUUAAAAAAAAAAAAAUAGCCAAAACUAAUUUCCGUGGUGGUGCCACUGUUCUACAUGACUGCUUUUCUUUCAACAGAUUUGUUGUUUUAAAGGGCUUUAUAUAAAAACUAUGGAAGUGUAUCUUUUAUAAAUCUUUUCAAGCCAGUUUAAUGCUGUAAGUUUGUUUACUAAACAAGAGGGCAGGAAACGCAGUGUGCGGCGGUUCUACUGCCAGUCGUGAUGUUUCCAUUAUUACUUCAGAACUAUGUAAUAACAUUUGUACAGUACAGAAUUAAAACACUAAUGAAUGCAUUUCUUUUCAGUGAUUGUAUUAAAUGAUGGAGGGGUAUGACCAUUCAUUAACACACAUUCAUGUUUAACAGGAUGUAUGUACAAUAAAGAAACUUUUCUUUUUU